AUGAAGGAGAUCCAAGCGGUAGCAUACGAGGCAAGCAGCGACAGUGAGAACCAGAAAGAGACAUUGGCGGGAAUGGUCUUCGAGAUAGGAGACAUGGAGAUUAUGGAAGAAAUGCGCCCAGUACCGCCGUUUCGAUGCAAUCAGAUCGAAACAAGCAAAUUAGCGAAGGAAUGGCGAGCAUGGAAGGAAUCCCUUGAGUGCUACUUCGCCGCUUACGGAAUAUCCGACCAAAAAGUCAUGCGAGCGAAGUUGUUGCAUUUCGGCGGGCCAGCCCUGCAAACUGUAUUCAGAAACCUCAAAGACCACAACACCGUACCGGUGGUAGCACUGAAUUGGGGUUUUGAUGCAGCCAUCGAGAAGUUAGAUGAGUUUUUCGAACCGAGGCAUAUGAGCACGUCAGAGCGAAGGAAGUUGCGACAAAUGAAGCAAAAGGCAAACGAGCGGUUUGCGGAUUACGUCAUUCGUUUAAAGCAACAGGCGGCAGAAUGCGGUUUCGAGAAAUACGGCCCAGAAAUAUCGAAGGUGCUCACCGAAAUCUACCUGACGGACGCCGUGGUCGAAGGUUGUACCUCCAAUGAAGUUCGUAGGAGAAUCCUGCUGAAGGAUCUUCCAUUCGAAGAAAUUGAGGCGCUUGGCAUAUCACAAGAGGGAGUUGAUCAACAGGUAGAAGAAAUUGUUUCGUCCAAGCCAUCGGAGAAGAUCUACAAGGUUGAGCGAUUCUCGUCAAAUACGAAAAACAAGCUAUGGCCAUUUCGAGAAAAUGUGCCGAAAGCGAAAAAGCGAUGCCGUGCAGAAACCGAUCGAGACAAAAGUUCGAGCGAUAACAACGAGGAUAAGUUCGAGGAUAGAAACGAACGUGAUAUGACGAAUGCACAUGAAAAGGUGUAUUACGCAUUUUACACUGGAAAUGAGGCAAACAUCAUCCAGUGUGUCGUAGGCGGCGUAAAAUUGGACAUGCUGGUCGAUUCAGGGUCCGACGCAAAUCUAAUCAGUGAUGCCGCUUGGACCGAGUUGAAAGCACAAAACGUCGCCGUGUUAUCAUCGACGAAGGGAUCGUCUCGCAUCUUGAAGGCUUACGGAAGCGACAGACCUCUGAAGAUACUGGGAUCAUUUGAAGCUAUCGUCGCUGUCGAAGAUCGUGAGGUGCGUGCCGAGUUUCUAGUCGUUGAGGGAGGACAGCGAUGCUUGCUCGGCGAUGCCACCGCAAAGGAAGUGGGCGUUUUGCGUGUUGGGCUGCAGGUAAAUCGCUUGGAAGAAACAGUUGAACCUUUCACUAAGAUACGAGGAAUAAAAGCGCAUAUCCACAUGGAUCCGGACGCCGUUCCUGUAUUCCAGCCGGUGCGUAGGAUUCCGGCGCCGCUAGAAGAAGCGGUUAAUCGAAAAAUUGACCAGCUACUCCGACGAGACAUUAUUGAACUGAAAUUGGGACCGACUAGUUGGGUAUCCCCGCUGGUUAUCGUCGGCAAAGCAGAUGGCGAACCGCGUUUGUGCCUCGACCUACGUCGUGUCAACGAGACCGUGUUAAGGGAGCACCAUCCAAUGCCUGUCGUUGACGAUUACAUCAUGCGCUUAGGAAAAGGUCGAGUUUGGAGCAAGUUAGACAUCCGGGAAGCAUUCCUGCAGGUUGAGCUUGCGGGAUGCCACAACAUUCAUUACAAGUUGAGGUUUCUUCCGCUUUAA